ACCGUUUUCUAAAAAAAGACCAUGUGCCCCGCUUCGCUCCGUAUCUGGUCUGUUUAAAAUGGGAAAUGUUUGUGGCCGGGGUGCCGGCCGAACCGUUCCUCCGCGCGUUGGAUCUCUUGGGAAAUGUUUGUGGCCGGGCUGCCGAUCCGUUGCUCCGCACGUUGGAUCUCUUGAGAUCCAAGGACGCUGCCUGUGCCACGUGUUAUCAGACCCAUGCUUUUUUUGAAGCGCGCACAGGCUAUUCCUUCACUAGUUUUUGCUGCAACUUGCAUGGGGCAUUUCGGUGCGAGGAGACAGGGCGGCUGUGUUUGGCGAUCGGCGGGCGACAGGGUUGUUGGCACCCGGAGAUCAGGAGCGGCGGCUGCGGCCCAAGACGGAUCUCGGUUCUCCGGCGACCUAUGGCCCUCCCGAUGUUGUUGCAGGCAGCUCUGGUGAGAAUGAGGGGAGUAAGAAGGUUAACAGGAAGAAUAAGAAAAAAAGCAAUCGCUGUGGGUCAGCUUGGGAAGCAAUUAUCACCGGAGAAACAGAGAAUUAUAAAGAAUGGCCCAUUUGGAGACUUGUUGGACAUCCAGCCUUUCAAGGUGCCUCAUGAGCUCAUUGAGUUUGUUGUGAUGUUCAUGAAUCACACACUCCGUGAGUUUAAAUACAAGAACAAAUCCAUCAACUUCAGCAAACUCAUGGUGAGAAGGACUUUCAACGUGCCAUCCGGUGAUAGACCUAUGAAGCUUCUAAAGAAGAGCGAUGAACAUGACCUUCACAACAUCUACAAAGAGGGGAACAUGGCACCAAUCACCCAUGUUAUCAAGUUGCUCAAAGAUUGCAACGAUGAGGAUGGGGUUAUGAUAAAUAGGACAUGGGCACUCAUUGUGUUGGCAAUAGUUGUGUGCCCUGGCACUGGCAAUAUGGUUAACCUUGAGUAUCUAGCUUCGCUUGAAGACAUGUCUUUGGUGCGUGACCUCGCUUGGGAUGAGCACUUGUUGAAACGAGCAAUGGAGGAGGUUGCGGUCUUUCAAGAGAAGAAGAGGAUGCAAGCAACAACGGAAAAUCCAGCAGAGUUUCAAAUUCGAUCAUGCCUUCCCAUGUUAGUGAUCAUAUACAUGGAUAACCUUGAUAUCCCGGCCGGCCUCCCAAACAAGCAUGUCAUUGAUUAUUCCGUGCUGAGGAUACGUCUUGUCUGUCAAAAGGAUUUCGUUUGGGUGGAUAAAGUGGACAAGAACAAGCUUACUCUUACCAGCCUUUCUACGAGAAACAUACAUAAUCCCGGCUUCUAUGCAACACACUGUAUGCCGCAUAACUUGUGGGACAAGAAGUUGGUGCUGAAGCAGCCAGUGGGCAGGGAGUUGGUCCUGAAGCAGCUAGUGGUUAAGGAAGCCAAAUUCAAGGUGAUGAAAUUCAAGCAAAGGACUCUCAAUAAAACGAGGCUCAACCAAAUGUUGAGGUUGAACCACACCUAUCAUCAUCGCUCAAUGAUUGGUUGCAACAUUCAUUCCCUAGCAUACAAGAUCUAAGGGUACCAACUCAGUUCUAAAUGUUGUACGACAAGCACAAGGGGAUUUUUGCAGCGGAGGUAGAUGAUGUAGUAGGCAAGUUUGGACAGUGUUUAAAGGGAUUACGGUGCAAUCGGAUGGCCGCUCUCCUUCAUGAUGUUGGAUACGCCAUCACAGCUACCAAUGAGCCCAACUUUUCCUUUGCAGCACCUAGCAUGGAUGAAUGUCGUGGAAAAGAGCAUGAUGCUCAAGCUGCAAAUGCCGGCAUUGAUGCUCAAGCUCAAGCUGAAGCUGCAACACCUAGCAUGAACAAGGAUGAAGUCAGUGGGGAGCUGAAAAAGAACCAAGAAGUUGCAACAGAGACUGCUGAAACUCAUGAGAAACAAAGAGUGAGUUUUGAGAUGGAAGGCAAUGUCUCACCUCAUAGCCCCCCACUCUUCCAUGAUGCACCGAGAAGUGCGACAGCUGGGAUUUGGGUCGAUGAGCCAUCAUGUGAGCUGUUCCCAAAGGGUUCAGAAGACUAUGAGUUGAUGCAUUGCAGGGAUGAGCCUACAAACAAGAAGAGCACAUUUAGCCCCAUCUAUGCCAACAUCACUGUGUUUCCUGUAUCAGACGAUGAUGACAACCCAACUGCUACGAUGGUCGCUACAGAAGGCAAAUUGUUGAUGUAAGCAGCGGCCCAAGCACACAUGACAAGAACACUAGGAAGAAGAGGAUGGCUAAAGUCCCGGCUGUAAAAAAUACCAAGGCAAAGAAGCAGAAGGUCGAUGAACAAGAUGAAGUUGCAGCUAUGUAUGAGAAGUAUAUUAAGCAUGGGAAACCAUUGAGGAGAACAGUUCCCAAUGAACAAUUGUGAGCUACCUAAGCCCUAUCUCUUUUUGCUUUUUAUUCUUUAUUUUCUGCUCGAAAUAAAUGAUUCAUUCGACUGCAACUAUGGUAACAGGACACCUUUCGCCAAGAUAGGUGGAUUUUUCAUUGGAUACAAGAAAUUCCUCAUAUGCUUCAAGCCCCGCGGGGAUACGAAUGAUGAGGUUAUGUCACUAUGUAUCGAGAUGUACAACCUCGCAUCUCAUGCAAAAAGCAAUAGGGUUGUGAAGAAAUAAAUGUUCUUAGUCUACGAGGCGGUUCUACUAAAAUAAGACCCAUCAACCUUCCAACCAUCAGUUCUCAUGCCUGAGCUUGAAAGGGCUGUCAAAAAGUACAAGAUUCAAAAAUUUGACCUCGUAAGUUUCGCAUGAGCCUUUUUUGUUUCAUACCACAAAUACUUUCAAAUAUGUAUCCGAUGAUGCGAGGCGACUAACAUUUUUUAUGUUCUAAGUCCCUUUGCAUUCUUUUGUAUUUUCCAUCUCUUUUUCACAAUUGUUCAUGAGCGCCAUUGGAUAGUCGUUUGCGCAAACUUGAUUCACAAGCAAUGGAAUGUAUUUGACUCAAUCAAUGCAAAAGGGAAAGCAUCUCCUUUGAAGAAGCAGGCCAAUAACCUGAUCACAAACUUUGCAACUCUCACACAAAAGUGUGAUGAAUUCAAUGUCAAUGUUGCACCCUUCCCCGUGUUGACCUCGAGGACUACUCAAAUCAGAAUAACCUGUCAGUUUUCUUUUUUCUUCUACUUCAAUCACGUGUCCCUUUUCAACAACUUUUUGUUUCCACUAUUGUGACACCCGGGUAAUUAAGCUACAGCAACCCUCUGCUAAUGAUGCUAUGUCACUUCGAUUACUGUUGAUAAUCU